AUGCAGCUGCGCCGCUCCACCGUUUUGGGCGAGGGCGGUAAGAGCGUGGAGGACGGCUAUCGCACCAGCUACGGGACGUUCCUGAAGCGCGGGACCGACCCGAUUUUGGCGGCCGUCGACGCGCGCGUGGCGGAUUGGGUGCGGAUUCCCGUGGUGAAUGGGGAGGACAUGCAGAUUCUGCGGUACGACGUGGACCAGUACUACAAGCGCCUCGCCGGCUUCGCGCGCGAGACCGCGCCGUGGGCGAACGACCCCCGCCCCGGCCGGGCCGUGCUGAUUACUGGGCGCCCCCACGUGGGCCGGCUCGCGCAGCCCGCCUCCGAGAACCUCGGCGGCGGCGUGCCCUUAGGGUUGAGGGGCGACGCGCUCCUGUUCUGGUCGAUCAAGCCCGAUGCCCACACCCUGGACGUGUCCUCUAUGCACACGGGCUGCCCCGUCAUCAAGGGCGUCAAGUGGACCGCCACAAAGUGGAUCCACGCAAAGGCCUUCAGGCCCGCGGAUUACGCCAAGGCACAGGGAGCUUCCGAGAAGCUGCAGGACCCCGGGAAGUGCGAGGACGACCAUGAGAGCUGCGAGGCGUGGGCGGCCGUGGGGGAGUGCUCGCGGAACGCCGCAUACAUGUGA